CCCAAAACCCUCCAUCACAUCUAACCAAACCCUCUCAAGUUCUCCCACCAUAUUUUUUAGAUUGAAUAUGGAUAGCUUGAUCAAACAAACAAGGAGGAGGCAUCAAACUUCCCGGGGGGAAACUGGUGAGGUUGGUAGCUCCACUAGAGAGAAGAAAGUGCCAGCAAGGAGGUCUGUUUCAUUCAAAGAAGAUAAGAAGAAGUCUUCAAGCUGGUUACAAAAGCAGUUCAUGAGGCAAAUGAGCGACCAGGGCUAUGACCCGAUCAGCGAGAUGGACCACGCAGCUGCAGUUGCAGCCACUGCUUAUGCCAUAACCACUUUUGAAGAAACUUGGCUAGAGAGUUAUCAUAGUGGCCUCGAAAAUGGAACUUCCUUGUCAAGGAGCAAGAGUAGAAGAGAAGCAUCGCCUUUUGAAGAACCGAGAAGCUUAUCAAGAAGAUUCUCAGGACAACUUUCACUUAAGGAACUAGAGUUAAAUGGAGAUCACACCAGACGAAGUGGAGAGUCAAGGGAGAAACAUGGAAGACAAAGGAAACCAGUUUCUGAACCGCCAAAACAACCACCGGCCAGGACACGAUCAGAACGUCGUGCUCCACCACCACCUCCUCCUCUUCUAUCGCCUUCACCUCUCCGGCUUCCGUCUAGGGAAAGCAAAAGGCAGAGUUCAAGCCAAACUAGUCGAAAAGAUGAUUCUACAGCUGAUGCUUGGGAAAAAGCUGAACUAGCCAAGAUCAAAGCAAGGUACGAGAAGUUAAACAGAAAGAUUGAUCUGUGGGAAGGUAAGAAGAGGGACAAAGCUAGAAGGAAGCUGGACAAAUCUGAGCAGAGCGAACAAGAACAGAAGAGGAAGAGAGGUUUGCAGAGGUUUAGAGAAGACAUGGAAUACAUCGAACAGAUUGCUGCCGGGGCUAGAGCUCAGGCAGAGAAACAAAGAGAGAACGAAGAGCUUCAGGUGAAGGAGAAAGCAGGAAUUGUCCGUAGCACCGGUAAAAUUCCUGGAAAAACAUGUUUCUGUUUCUGAGACCAAAACAGAGCAUCUCAGUUGAUGACUUUGUGAAUUAAUAUUUUAAAAAUUGAUGACUUUGUAAAUUUGUUUGUGUGAGAGAGAAAUUCUUUUCAAACUGAUGACUCUGUAAAUAAAUAUUUUAUUUCUGACUAUAAAUUUUUAGAAAUUUUA